CCUGAAGCCGCGGGGGCGCGCCCCAGCCGCCAUGUCGGAGGUCCGUGGAGAGCCGGGGUCCGGAACUGAGGCCGGCGUCCGAUUCUUCUGCACCGCGGGUCGCGGCCUGGAGCCCUUCCUGAUGCGCGAGGUGCGGGCGCGGCUGGCGGCCACGGAGGUUGAAUAUAUUUCAGGAAAGGUUUUUUUCACCACCUGUUCUGAUUUGAAUAUGUUGAAGAAAUUAAAAUCUGCCGAAAGAUUAUUUUUGCUGAUUAAAAAGCAGUUUCCACUUAUUUCUUCUGUAAGUAAAGGAAAACUACUUAACGAAAUGCAAAGACUUAUAAAUGAAGAUCCAGGAAGUUGGUUGAAUGCCAUUUCAGUCUGGAAAAAUCUUCUUGAACUUGAUGCAAAAAAGGAAAAACUUUCUCAGAGAGAUGAUAACCAACUAAAAAGAAAAGUAGGAGAAAAUGAAAUCAUCAUUGCAAAGAAAUUAAAAAUAGAACAAAUGCAAAAGAUAGAAGAGAAUAGGGACUGCCAGCUGGAAAAACAAAUAGAAGAAGAAACUCUGGAGCAAAGAGAUUUUACCACUAAAAGUGAAAACUUUCAAGAAGAAGAAUUUCGGAAUGACAUAGAGAAAGCAAUUGAUACUCAUAAUCAGAAGGACUUGACUUUCAGAGUAUCUUGUCGCUGCAGUGGAACUAUUGGAAAGGCCUUCACUGCCCAGGAGGUAGGAAAAGUAAUUGGAAUUGCUAUUAUGAAACACUUUGGAUGGAAAGCAGAUUUGAGGAAUCCAAAAUUAGAGAUCUUUAUACAUCUAAAUGACGUUUACUCUGUGGUGGGGAUUCCUGUGUUCAGGGUUCCUCUAGCCAGCAGAGGUUACAUCAAGACAGCUGGACUGCGAUCUACCAUAGCGUGGGCAAUGGCAUCUCUCGCUGACAUUAAGGCUGGUGCAUUUGUUUUAGAUCCAAUGUGCGGACUUGGAACAAUACUUUUGGAAGCUGCUAAAGAAUGGCCAGAUGUGUAUUAUGUAGGUGCUGAUGUCAGCAACUCACAGUUACUAGGUACUUGGGACAAUCUGAAAGCUGCAGGCCUUGAGGAUAAAAUCGAAUUACUUAAAGUCUCUGUUACAGAUGAAGAAAUUGAAGCAGUAAUUUCCCAGAGUCCCACAGCUCGUGAGCAGCAGAGCCAAAUGCAAGCUGUCUGACACCAGAGCUUAUGCUCUCAGCCACAUCAACAAAAGCUUUAUUUUAUGCUCUAUUGGAAGAUGACAUAACUUAGUUCUGGAGAUUUUUUUUUUUAAUUAUUCUCUUCUAUCUAUAUGAAGUUUAUGUAUUCAACUUCUAAAAUUAUUUAAAGCAGUUUAGCAUAUUAUAUAAUAUAGAGCAGCAAAGUUCCCAAUAAAAAUGGAGACCCAGAAGAAAAAAAUUAGUGUUACUAAACCUGGACAUAAUGGGCAGCUAACUCAUAUGUAGGUACUGUAUUUCUGUGUAGUGUAAGGCAGAAGACAGACUUGGGAUUAAAUUCAAAAGUAAAUUACUACAUGCUUCCUCAUAAAUAAAACAUUUGAGAACUAUGGUUGCCUUCAUUAUCCAUAUAUUGUCUUUAGUCAUUUUGUAAAUGGAUGUGUACUAUAUCAACACCCUAAAACCAUGAGGUUAAAACAUAACUUGGAAAAAAGGAAUUCCUGUCUCAGCUUAAAAGAAUAUUAUCCUCUUAUUUUUUUUUGAACAAUCUACUCUUCUUCUGUUAACCCCACAUAAGGGUUAGAACUAGGAGAGAUCUAGCAAGUAGUCAUUAGACUUUCCCAGAUUACAAAGCAUUUUUUAUUAAAUUUCCUACCAACAGAAACUUUUGAUAUUUAGUGAAGAUUAUUUAAAUUUCAUUACAUUUCUGCAAAAUUAGGUACUAUUCAAAAUGAAAACUGGGACAUCCGUCUUAUGAGUAUUUAACUUAAUUUAGGAGAUGGAUGAGAAGUAAAGUAAGUAAAAAGUGGAAAGUACAUCCAGAAGAUGUGGAUGUUAGGGUAGAGUCUUUGUUACCUUCUGAUAAUGUAACUUCUGAGAAGAAAACAUUAAGAUAAUAAAGCAAUUUAGAAUAAUCAGACACUAUAAUUUUUAGUGAUAAUCAUUGUGUUGAUUAUUGAUUAUAUAGCCUUUUCUCUAGUCUUAGGACUUAAUAGAUAUUCUUAAUCUUCCAAGUUCUCCUUUAAAAAUACAAUCAUAGCUAUGGAUCGUCUCCCUCAAAAACAAGUAGAUCUAAAUGUACAGUUUUAAAAUAGGAAAUGAAAGUUGUAGAAUAUAAUUUUGUAGAAGAUUUUUCUAGGCAACUUAGUGGAGCUAGCAGCUUUCUAUACAAGCUGUAUAUUUAGAGAAUUGAGUUUUCUGGUUUAAAAUUCUGCUUAACUUACAUUUUAUUGUAUCUGAAAAACCAAUUUUCGACGAACAGACUACAAUAACUAUAUCAUUUAUCAUUAGUGAUUGUGAAAGCAUUUUGGGAUCUUGUAAUUACUUUAAAACAAUAUUAGCAACACUAAAUUUUAUCUAUUAUGCAAAAAUAAUCCUGUGUACUUCAGUUUUCUCAUUAUUUAGGUUGUAAAUAUUUGACCUUACUGU